UUCUUCUAGAGAGCCCGUUUUCGGACUCCCAUCCCCUCGUUAGUAUCGAUCUUACACCAUUAUAUACGUGUAUACACUCUCUCAGAGAGAGAGAGAGGGGGAGAGAUGUUGCUCAGGAACUGCAAUGUGGCCGAUCUCCGACCCCAUUUCCGACACCUCACACCGAAACCUUCGGUGAAUCGGCGGAGUACCGGGCUCUCCCUCUCAUGCUCUUCUUCUUCUGCCGCGAAGCAGGCGGAUCUGGCCGUGUCGUCGGGGGGAGAGAACCGGUCCGGUUUGGGGUCCGGCUCAGGGAGGCUGGCGGACCGGCUGAGGCUGGGGAGCUUGACGGAGGAUGGGCUCUCUUAUAAGGAGAAUUUCAUUGUCAGGUGUUAUGAGGUCGGGAUUAACAAGACUGCCACCGUCGAAACCAUUGCGAACCUCUUGCAGGAAGUCGCAUGCAAUCAUGCUCAAGGUGUUGGGUUUUCCACAGAUGGAUUUGCUACAACCCCUACAAUGAGAAAACUGCAUCUCAUAUGGGUAACAUCUCGCAUGCACAUCGAAGUUUACAAAUAUCCAGCUUGGGGUGACGUAGUUGAAAUCGAGACUUGGUGCCAAGGUGAAGGAAGAAUAGGUACCAGGCGUGAUUGGAUUCUCAAGGACUUUGCUACUGGUGCUGUUAUUGGUAGAGCUACCAGUAAAUGGGUGAUGAUGAACCAGGACACAAGACGACUGCAGAGAGUGAGUGAUGAUGUACGGGAUGAAUAUCUGGUUUUCUGUCCACGAACUCCUAGAUUGUCAUUUCCAGAGGAAGAUAACAGCAGCCUGAAGAAAAUUCCUAAGCUAGGAGAUCCUGCUCAAUAUUCACGAUUAGGGCUUGUGCCUAGGAGAGCUGAUCUGGACAUGAACCAGCACGUUAACAACGUCACUUAUAUUGGAUGGGUUUUGGAGAGCAUGCCUCAAGACGUCAUUGACACCCACGAGCUAGAAAAGAUCACAUUAGAUUACAGGCGUGAAUGCCAACAUGAUGACAUGGUUGAUUCCCUCACUAGUUUGGAAUCUGAGGAAGUGGAAGCUGUUUCAGAGCUGAACGGAACGAAUGGGUCUGCAACUGCAAUGAAGCAUUCGGAUGACUGCUGCCAGUUCUUGCAUUUCUUGAGAUUGGCAAGCGAUGAGCUUGAAAUAAACCGGGGCCGCACUGAGUGGAGGAGGAAACCAGCAAGAUAAAGGUAUUCACUGAUUUACGCUAGAGUUUCAAUUUUCCUGUUGUUUUACUGCUUUUGGGUGUGUUUUUUCACAAUUAAUGCUUUAGAGGCUGAAAUAUGCCAAUUUUCUUUAUAACAUCUUUUUUCUUCAAUUUUAGUAUGUAAGUUAUGAUAAAUGUAUCAUACAAUGCCCGGGUGAGUUCUGCGGUG